GUUGUCAGCUGUUGUGUACAGUGUUCUGUGAGUCUAUGCGUUUUAAUUUACUUUUACCUAAAUCAUGGUAUUGCUAUGGAGGAUAUUAUAAGGGUAGUGUUUACUUUAUAUUAUAUAUAAACAAUAUGUAGUAUAGUGGACUGGAACUAAGGAUAUCAUUAUUUUUUUAUAACUAAGCGUUGGUGUUAUAGUAUGCACAUUGCUCACAACAUUUUCAAGUGCCAGCAGGAGUUAAGUUAAGGUGCUAUAACUAUCAACAGGAAAAUUAUAGUCUACAUUGAAGCAAUUUCUCUCUAGAAACAUGUCAAAGUGUAGAGCAUGUCUAAAAUCACUUAGGAACAUGAUUCCUUUUGAUGAAGUGAACAUUAUGUACUUUAACAUACUCACUAACCUGAAUUUACAGCUGUCUACUAGUGAUCCCCAACAACUGUGUAAACAUUGUUUUAAAAUACUUCAACAGUUCAUUGAAUUUAGAGAAAAAUGCCUAGCAGCUAAUGCUGUAUUUAGUGACAUUAUUCCUGAAGAGAAUAUCAAACAAGAACAUACAUAUAACACUGCCGAGUCUGAAGUAGAAGUGAAACUAGAACCCAAAACAGAUGAUCAAGAAGCUAAAAUUUCUUUUGAAGAUGAUAUCACUGAUGAUUAUUUUGGUGAUAGGGAAUUGCAAUAUAAUGAUGAUAAUUUGACAUAUGAGUUGGUUUUGAAGGCUGAAAACAAAACAGAAGAUAAUAAAUUCGAAGAGAUUAAAAACUCCGCAAGAAAAACUAAAUAUGCAAAGAAGAAAGCACUUAGUGUAAAAAACGAUGUGAGCAAAGGCAUAAAACAAACUAAAAAGACUCCAAAAGAAAAAUCUUCUGAACCAAAAUCUAAAAGUAAUGGCACUAAAAGUGUAAAACCUAAAGGAAAAAGUAAUGACACAACUUCGGAAACAGGUCUACCAUGUGGUUUAUGCACUAAAUCAUUCGAAGAUAAUACCCAAUUGGAUGCACAUUUACUAACACACAGGCAGAACUACAGCUGUAAUAUUUGUGAAGAAAAAUUAUUAGACUGGCAAGAAGUAAUGUCACACAGACUAACACACUUGGCAGGGAAGAAAAUUCCAUGUCAUUUGUGCUCAAAGACAUUUAAAAGUGCAAUGUAUAUAGAACAUCAUUUCAGAAAAUAUCAUCAUACAGAAGGAGAAUCGCAAACGCUGAGAUGUAGAUUAUGUGACCGCGCUUGCCCAACACCGAGGAAGCUGCGCGUCCACUUCUAUGACUUUCACCACAUUAAGAACAAGAGAUAUUACUGCGACCACUGCAACAAAUUAUGUUUGUCCAGGGGUGGCCUAAAGGUGCACAUCGCGAUCCAUUCGGAUAACAGACCCUUCAAGUGCGAUCUGUGUGAUGCCACUUUCAAACUUAACAAUCACUUAAGGCUUCACAAACAGGCGAAACACAAUCCAGACAGAGUGUACUGUCCGCGAUGCCACAACGUGUUCGCUUCGCAGGCUCUGCUCGACAAGCACCAGUGUAAAUACGGGGACAUGAUAUGUCCUGAAUGCGGCAAAAUUUGCCCAAGUCGGGGUCAGUUGACCAGACACCUGCGUACCCACGACAUGAACAGGUGGUAUGAGUGCACGCUCUGCCCGGCGCGCUUCCGCGGCCACGGGGCGCUGUCCGUGCACCGCGACAAGCACAGCGGCGUGCCGCGCCACGAGUGCGAGUUCUGCCACGCCAAGUUCUACUACCGCGCUGUGCUCCUCAAGCACCGCCGCACACACACCGGUGAGUGAGCCUCGAGCUUACACUUCCGCGGCCACGGGGCGCUGUCCGUGCACCGCGACAAGCACAACGGCGUGCCGCGCCACGAGUGCGAGUUCUGCCACGCCAAGUUCUACUACCGCGCUGUGCUCCUCAAGCACCGCCGCACACACACCGGUGA